AUGACAUCACAACAAGAGCACUUGACAUCACAACAAGAGCACAUGACAUCACAACAAGAGCACAUGACAUCACAACAAGAGCCCAUCACAUCACAACAAAAGCACAUCACAUCACAAGAGCCCAUCAUAUCACAACAAGAGCACUUGACAUCACAACAAGAGCACAUGGCAUCACAACAAGAGCCCAUCACAUCACAACAAAAGCACAUCACAUCACAAGAGCCCAUCAUAUCACAACAAGAGCACUUGACAUCACAACAAGAGCACAUGGCAUCACAACAAGAGCCCAUCACAUCACAACAAAAGCACAUGACAUCACAACAAGAGCCCAUCACAUUACAACAAAAGCACAUGACAUCACAACAAGAGCCCAUGACGUCACAACAAAAGCACAUGACAUCACAACAAAAGCACAUGACAUCACAACAAGAGCCCAUCACAUCACAACAAAAGCACAUGACAUCACAACAAGAGCACAUGACAUCACAACAAAAGCACAUGACAUCACAACAAGAGCACAUCACAUCACAACAAAAGCACAUGACAUCACAACAAGAGCCCAUCACAUCACAACAAAAGCACAUGACAUCACAACAAGAGCACAUGACAUCACAACAAGAGCACAUCACAUCACAACAAAAGCACAUGACAUCACAACAAGAGCCCAUCACAUCACAACAAAAGCACAUGGUAUCACAACAAAAGCCCAUCACAUCACAACAAGAGCACUUGACAUCACAACAAGAGCAAAUCACAUUACAACAAGAGCCCAUGACAUCACAACAAAAACACAUGACAUCACAACAAGAGCCCAUCACAUUACAACAAGAGCAAAUCACAUCACAACAAGAGCCCAUCACAUCACACCACAACAAGAGCACAUGA